AUGAGGCUAGCAAAGAACCUUCAACCUGCUAAGAAGGCGUUUAAAGCGACCUUUAAACGCCUUCUUGCAACCUUUCAUUCCCUUCAUCAUCUAGUACCCUCUAAAGUUUCCAAAACAUCACAUGUUCAUAGGCAUAGCAAGAACACAUCCGUCAUAAACAUCGAUGACCUCUUUCCUGAGCAUGCACAAAUCGCUGACAAGGCUCGUGCACUAGACAAAACAAGCAGAAGCAAUAGUGAAAACAUAGAUACUAUUGAGGAUGCAUGGAAGAUUGUUGUUGCUAAGACACCUCACCUUCAGGUGGAUGAUAGGGCAGAGGAGUUCAUCAACAAGUUUUAUGAAGAUGUGAGGCUUCAGAAAGAGAGGUCCUUGAUGGAGUAUCAGGAAAUGCUAGCAAGAAGUGCUUAA